AGUUGUGCUGAUAACGCGUAACGAAUUACAUCUUGACGUUAGCAGAGUUAUAUUAUGUGAAGUGUGAAAUAUUUCUCGACAAAAAUCGGGAUUAUAUUAUAAACAUUAACAAAAAGUGAAAAUAUACAUUUCAAUUGCGUACUAAAUAUUGUUACUGUUAAAGAUUAUGAAUAUAUGAAGUUGUACAGAGUGAUAAUUGUGCCGUCGGUGACUUCAUUUCGUUUUCGGCUUGCAAAUUGUGUUAGUGUUUUUUCUUUCCGUUUAUUUUUGUGCAGUUCGGUGCAUCGCCCGUGGUAUGGUUGCUCGCCGCUACAUUUGUAAUUGGAAUCUCACUGUGAAUAUUGAUGAUUACAUAGACCGCGUGCAUACAUGAACUUUUACAAGCUGCCUCAGACCGACAUCAUAAACUCUAUGACACUUCGCGGCGAAUAUAAUUAAUAGAUUUUAUGUGCAUACAAGUAUAUGUGUACAUAUUAUAUAAAUAUAAUUGACUAUUGUGUGUACGUAAAACAGUUCUAAUUAUGAGUUGAUUGUAUUUGACGUGCAUAACAAGAUCUUGCGAUUACUCUGCAUCACUAUAUUAUAAUUUUUUGCAUGGUAUUUUAAUUUUUUUGCUGGAUCGUUCGGAAAUAAUUGCGGUAUUUACAUUUUGCUAUAUGCAUAAAUACACAAACACAUGGGUAUGCAUAGUAUAAUAAUGUUGAAAGAGGAGCUGAUUUCUGCUGAGGUACAUUUUCCACAGAGACAUUUGGAUUAAAUGAAGAGAGUGGACAAAAUAUUAUGUUAAAAGGUAUGCAACAAAGUUUUUAAGUGUGCCAGCUUGCCUUCGUUAACCUAGUUUUUGCAACAGUUGCGCGACUAUGUAAAAAUACAACAACUAUAACAUAAAUAGCAAACACACACGCGCCGAAGCUUCAAUAUUGUGAUGCUAAAAACAAAACGCUUGAAAUGCUGCGGCUCGUUGCUUUCAGGGAGUUCAAGUGAAUGCCGCAACAACGAUGCUCUCACACACGCAUACGCACACGCCAGCGUACAUUUACUUGUAUAACAGGAGUCAAAAAAAUUCAAUUCAAAGGAAAGUGCAAGCCGAGCCGCUGCAGCAGUAAGGGGCGGUGAUCGCUUUGGUAAGCAACGAGGAACACGCAAGACAUAGACAAGUCUAUAGCGGAUAACGCACAUACAUAUGUACAAUAAUAAGUCUUGAUAUGCCUGAAAGCUUAUUCUGCCUGAUGACAUCUUAGCAUGUGUCUUCGGUGCUGGGAAUCCACGUAAUUCAUGCGAAGUAGUCGCCUGCGUAAAUGCCUCCUAUGAUUUCGUAAUAAAAAAGAGUGUUGCAGGCGCUCUCCCGACUUCCACUUGAUAUCAACACGUAAAAAACUGCAUAAACACAAAUCUGUUGCGGUGCUGCACUGAAAUUGCAUUUGGAAUUACAAAAAUUCGACAAAGCCUAACAAAGAGAAUUAAUCGAGGAGAAGAAAAUUUGGUUCCUAAUGCAUAAAACGGCAGGAAACGUAAAAUCGAGAUUAACACUUAAAAGGAAUCGCUAGCACACUGAAAGCACCGAAAAAUCGAAAAGGCUCUAGGAAGUCAGAAAUGCACCUUAGCAAAAGCAAAAGCAAACAGGCAACGGUAGAUAGAGGAGAGCAAGAAUAAAUACAACGCAGUCAAGUGUAAUUUUUUCACAGCAAAAAGUCAAUAGAAUAAGCACAUAUCUAUGCGAUAGUAACGGUUGUUAUACUAAAAGGAAAAUAAAUCCGAAUGGCAUAUAAAGCGUACGACAUUGAAGUCAGUGAAAUGUGAAAGAGCUAGUGACGUCAGUAGGCAGCGGCGAGCGAAGAAAAGAAGAGCGCAAUCUGGAAGUGUAGCAAAUGCGGUUGCAAUGGAUCCAGUGCAAAACUAGUUUUAAAGAAGUGUGACAGCACGUCACAACUCCGUUGUAAUAGAAAAAGUUUCGAAGCAAUUUUCUUCAUUUUUAAUUUUUCUGCCUGUGGCUUCCCAACAAAGUGUGGACUACAUAUAUUUGUUGCAGUUUCAAAGUGAAAAUUGAAAAGGAAGUAUUUGCGUCAAGCAACCAAUGCGAAUUAGUAGAAAGCGAUAUCGGGUAUAAGAGUUUAUGGAAUUGACAGCUAAUGUAUUAUGGUGCGUACUUUUAUUUACUAGUGGCAACAAAGCGUAAAAUUGGCCUAUCACUCGAUAUAUAGCGUGGACUAGCAAAGCAAAGCGCUGGGUUUUUUUGAAAAGUGUAAAUAUUUGAAAAAAAGUAAAUAUAUUAUAAUGGAAGUGAGUAAAGUUUAUAAACCGUGCGUUCAGGCUCUUCGGUUGGCAAGCAAUCGUGCAACAGUACAAUCAACGUGGCGCAAGAUGUUGCUAUUUAUUGGCAUAUUUUUCUUUAUACCAGACACCAGCACGGCUCUGAGCAAUGUGAGCGUCUCCAUACCUUCGGCCGUUAAACGUGGCGAUAACGCCAUCUUAAUCUGCAAUUACAACCUGGAAUAUGAAAAUCUAUAUACAGUUAAAUGGUAUCGUGGACGACGGGAGUUUUAUCGCUACACGCCGAAGGAGAAUCCAGCGUUGAAGAUAUUUCCGGCGAGUGGUGGAUAUUCGGUUGACAUGGCCGAAUCGAACGCCACACAUGUUUUUAUCAGAAAUCCCACUUCUGGCAAAUAUAGCUGCGAGGUUUCAGCCGACGCGCCUUCUUUCAAUACAUUUUUAGUUUCCGGAGAAAUGGAAGUUGUAGAAUUACCCACACAACGCCCGAUUAUAACUGGUGUUCAUUCUCGUUACCGUGUCGGUGAUGUCAUUAAUGGCAACUGCUCAUCCGACUUUUCAAAGCCAGCAGCGAAUUUAACUUGGUGGAUCAAUGAUAUGCAGGUGCCACCACAUUCAGUGCGCACAUUUGGUACUCAACGUCAUUUCUCGGAGAAUUUGGAAUCUGCGAUAGCGGAAAUCAAUUUUAUCGCCACACUGCAGCAUUUCAUCAAAGGUCGCCUAAAGUUGAAAUGCUCCGCUCGCAUUUACGAUAUUUAUGUGCAAGAAGCUGAGAAGCUUAUCGAAGAAGAUCGUCCGCGCAUCUUGGCCUCAGGCCGUUCGCCAGAGCUGAAUAUGUAUCCAUUUGAUCAUCUGUCGGAUACGGAAGGUUUCGAUGAACAUAACGAACUGUACUUGACACAUUAUAACAAUCACCCAUCAGCAGCACCGGGAGAAACGAAGGAAUUGGAGUCGCAGCUUCUCAAAGUGGCCAUUGCCUUUCUGCUCAUAGCCGCAACCAAUAGCCUUUUCCAACCCACAAUAGCAGCAAUUGCUCAAGCAGCAGAAGGAAGAUGUUUGCAGAUUGCGAAUAAAAGAAACGAAAAUGCCACCGAAAAUCAAUUUUUUUUACAGCAAUGCCAAAUAAGUACAGCAGAAAUUAAUUUAAAAACGAAAUGUGUCAAAGAGUGUGAACCGACUGUACGACGAAUGCUGUUUAAAACGCGGUGAUAAGUUACAGUAAAAACAUAAAAAGCAUUAGUUACAAAUAUACAUAAGAAUCGAUAAAAAUAUUUAAUAAAUAAAACAGUAUAAAGGAUUAUAAAUAAUAUAAGAACAACUUAAAAUAAGCCAAAUAAACAUAUAAAAUUGUGUUUAAAGUGAGCAGUUCAUUAUGAUCAUCAUUCGUACAUACUAAUCAAAUAAAAUCACAUAAUCAGCAUACAUACAUACAUAUAUGUCACGUAUUACCAUGCUUACCCAUACCCAAAAACUGAAAAUAAAAUUAAGCGGACGAUAAUGGAGAUCAUUAAGAAUAGUGAAACAAUCGCUUAGCUAAGAAUUAUACUGAAUAACAUCUAUUCUCGUAAGAAAGUAAUUGAAAGCACUGUGACAUGACAUUUAAAUUGAAGAUACCAAAUAAGAACCCAAUUUCACACGUGCCUUCACAGAGUAUUCGUGUAAUAUGUGCAGAUUUUAGACAGUAAAGCCUGAAGUUAAGAAUCAAAUCUAACAAGUCCGCCCACAAAAGCUCAUUCGCAACAGCUGUCACCAUCGAUAAUGCCGAAGGCCGCCAAUUGAGCAGAUAUGCGCGAAUAAUGCUAGCCAACAAAUUGUCUAUAAAAUCCUACAUAUAAAAGAGUAUAAGACCUACGUACAUUCAAGCCCACUGUUGGGUAGUUAAAAUAUCAAAAUGCCAGCGAGGCUACUAACAACAGGAACUCAUAAAGCACAGCAUAAUAAAGCUCUAAAUUGGCAUAAAGACAGAGCAAGUGGCAUGUGGACAUAUUGUGUGAGCAAACCAUCUGCUAUUUAUGCGUGUGAAACAUGGUUGAGAUGGUGUUUGGUACUGACGUGUCUGCUGACAAUCCCAGAUUUCAUUGCUGGACUCAAGGAUGUUUCGGUUACAAUACCACAAGCGGUGAAACGUGGCAGCAAUGCACAGCUCAUAUGCAAUUAUGAUAUGGAAAAUGAUACUUUAUACUCCAUAAAAUGGUAUAAGGGGCGGCGAGAGUUUUAUCGCUAUACACCAAAGGAAAAUCCGGCAAUGAAAGUUUUCACCAUGGCCGCCGGACUAAAUGUUGAG